AUGGCCACCAAAGACGGAGAAAACGAAUGGGAAGGAAGGUGGGGAGUACCUAUUCUCCGAUUUAGAGAGAAAGACGAUGAGAAGAGUGGUCCGGAGAGAGAGAACAAGAAGAAAGAAGUGGGGAUGGGGGACGUUGAAAAACGACCAAUAACCAACGAGGUUGUGAGAAUACUUGAAACUGCUCUGAAGUAUCAAGUUCCACCUCCACCACCACCUCCACUUCCACCUGCACGUUCAAAGAACUAUAAUGUAUCACUGCCACCUCCUCCUCCGGACAACUCUAAUGUGCCACUACCACCUCCACAUUCUGGUGUAAGUUCUUCAGCUUCUAUAAAUCAAAGACCUUUAAAGCCCCUCCAACUGAUGAAAACCAAUGCAAAGGAAGGAAGUUUAUGGAAUGUGUCUCAAAAACACGGGAUCCAAUCAAGGGCUCCUGAAAUUGAUAUAACGGAGCUUGAGAGUCUGUUUUUAACUGCUUCCAUGUCAACAGGCGCACACAAGGAUAUAGGUCAACCAGGUUCCGAAAAGCUAAAACCAGAAAAUAUUUGUUUGGUUAAACCUUUGAGAGCAAGUACUUGGGAAAUCAUGCUUGGGAAAAUAAAUCUACCCCUACCUGAUAUUAUUAAAGCCAUUCUUUCGUUAGACUCUUCUGCAAUGAGUGUUCAUCAACUUUAUAAUCUUAUCGAGUUUUGUCCUACAAAAGAAGAAAUGGAGAUAGUAAAGAGCUAUACAGGAUAUAAGAAAAUGCUUGGACAGUGUGAACAGUUCUUUUUGGAAUGUGCGAAGAUACCAAGAAUAAAGCCAAAACUACGAGUAUUUGCAUUCACAAUUACUUUUAGCAGUCAGGUUAACAAUUUGAGUGAAAGCCUAACUACAAUCAAAGACGCUACUAAAGAGAUUAUGGAAUCCACAAAGCUGGUGAAGAUAAUGCAGAUAAUUUUCACUAUGGGGAAUAAAUUAAACGCAUGCACAACUGAAGGAUCCACUGGAGGUUUUAGAUUAGACAAUUUUCGGAAUUUGGGAUAUACAUAUGCAACGGAUAAGAAGAUCACUCUCUUGCAUUAUCUAUGCAAGGUGGUUGCUGAGCAAACACCAGUGUUAUUGGAUUUUGACAAGGAUCUGAUUCACUUGCAAUCUGCCUCCAUGAUACAAAUUAAAAGUUGGCAUGAGGACAAGUACGCAAUAAUCAACGGUUUCGAGAAGGCUCAAAAUGAAUUUGAUGCUUCGGAUAAUGAUGGGGAUGUGUCAGCUCGAUUCCGAGAGGCCUUGAAGAGCUUUCUUGAUAGUGCUGAUGAUCAACUCCCACCUCUUACCUCUUCGUUUAAUGAAGUGGCUCAGUAUGCAGACUCACUUGCGGUAUAUUUUGGGGAGGAUCCCAGUUGUGUUCCUUGGGAGCAAGUUAUAACUUCUCUGGUACGUUUUGUUGUGAAAUUUAAGAAAGCACACAAUGAGAAUCUACAGCGGGAAGAUUCUGAAAUGAAAAAAAUUGGAGAAAGUUGUUAAAGAAGAGGGAAGCACCAGUUAAUAUUGUAUUAAAAGAAAGGCUAAAUGCAUGAAAAACAAUG